AUGUGCGUUUUACCCAGUAUUUCAUCUGCUCCUUACCGUACACCGCUAUUACCACCAUCUCGUUCCAGUUACCUCUCCGAUUUUAAUCAUCUUAACAACGGUAAUUCGGUUGCACCAUCACCUUGCAGUCGUCGGAUACAUUCAAUGCAACGUAAGCCUCCGUUAGAAGCGGAUACAAAUUUUCAUAAACAACAAGCUCAAGCUCGAAUAAAUGUCUCCAGGGUUAAAUUUUCAUUAUUGGUAUUGGCGCUAAUGUCCAUCGUAUCAAUCCUUUUUACAUUCACGUCACUACUAAGUUUGCUUUCCAUUCAAUGGAGAACGAUGGAAUCAUCCGAUUCAGCCUCCGAUGGUACAUUGAUAAUGCGGAAUGCAAUGCAUGAAAUAGCCAGCUCGCUAUCACUGAUCGCUGUGACAACAUCUAUUUCCACCUUUCUUCUAUCCACUUUGCAACUUUUUUUCGCCCUAAAAAUGCUCAAAACAAAUCCGACAUCAAUUAAAAGGGUACUAUCAUUUUUAAGUGGUGGACGUUUUCUACGUUGUAUUGUUUAUGCAGCGUGGUUUUUUGCCGUGCUUUUCUUCAUCAUAGGUAGUAUGUUACAGUGGAUGUUGGUAUCGGGGCGAGUUGGUAUAAUAUCACGAGGUGUUGGUGCAGCAUUUGGUAUUGCGUCAACUGCGCUCUGUACCGCAGGCCUUAUACACUGCAUUUAUGUUUGGUGUGCCAGUGAUGAUAAAGAAGUUGAGGAGAGCUAUAUAAAUGGUAACUUGUCGACGUUGGUUUAA